AUGAAACGACUUUCUAUUUAUGACAUUUUUAUGUAUUGUCCAGAAGCUGGGUGUGAACCGAGUAUCAUACGAAUCCAGAUCCCAACGAAGCUACACAACGAAAGUGGGCCGCAGUCCAAACGUGUCGGCGUAGGCUUGGAAUCUGAGACUGAAAUGGCUCCAACCAUAGCCGUGUCCUCCGCACAAACGAAGCCGCUCCACCACAACCACCGCAACGCUCCGGCAUCGCCGGAGGAGGAGGAGGAGGUGUUGAGGAAGAGAAACGAGGAAUUGGAGAAAGAUUUGAAGAAGAGUCUGGAGAGAGAGGAGAGGAUGAAACUAGAGCUGCAGAGGACAUGGGAGAGACUCAGGGUGGCGGAGGAGGCGGAGGAGCUGCUUUGCUCCCAACUUGGGGAGCUCGAGGCGGAGGCCGUCGACCAGGCCAGAACAUAUCGUACUCGUGUAUUGUCGUUAAUGGAGCAACUUUCCACUGCCCAGAAACUUCUUCAGGCUGCUUCAAUAUCUCUCCCCAAUUCUCAAUGA